AAUGCCCUUUGACCCCAGACACCCCAAACAGUGAGGCGAGAAUGUGCACCAGCAGCAGCCGCCUGGCCGCCCUGAAAAGACAAAAUGACAUUGAGCUCAAGGUGAAACAGGGUGCAGAGAACAUGAUUCUGAUGUACUCCAACGGGCCCUCCAAGGAUCGUAAGUUGCUAGCGACCGCCCAGCAGAUGCUUCAGGACAGCAAGACGAAGAUAGAGUUCAUCAGGAUGCAGAUCCUCAAGGCCAGCCAGGCCAGCGAGCUGAGCUUCGAGAACAACGAUGUGAUGGACAAGCCCAUCAUCAGCCCGUUGGACCUUCGGGUGGAGGAGCUGUGUCACCACGCCAAGAUAGAGUCCGCCGUGGCAGAGGGAGCCAAGAACGUCAUGAAACUCCUGGGCACGGGAAAAGUCACAGAGAAGAGAGCACAUUCAGAGGCCCAGGCUCGUUUUAAUGAGUCCAGUCAAAAGCUCGAUCUCCUACGGUAUUCCUUGGAGCAACGCCUCAAUGAGCUGCCUAAAAACCACCCUCGCAGCAGCAGCAUCGUGGAAGAGCUGUCCCUGCUGUCCUCACCGGUCCUCAGCCCCAGAUCCAGCAUCAUCUCCACGCAGAACCAGUACAGCACCGUGACUAAGCCGGCUGCACUCACAGGAACGUUAGACGUCAGGCUCAUGGGCUGUCAGGACCUUCUGGAAAACGUCCCCGGUCGUUCCAAAGCUGCAUCUGUCCCGCUGCCCGGCUGGAGUCCCAGCGAGACGCGCUCAUCCUUCAUCAGCCGAGCCAACCGAAACCGCGGAGUGAGCUCACGGAACCUGACAAAGAGCGAGGAGCUCUCCAAUGAGAUCAGCGCAGUAUUGAAGCUGGACAACACGGUAGUCGGCCAAACCAGCUGGAGGUCGGUCAGUAACCAGGCCUGGGACCAGAAGUUUACAUUGGAGCUGGACCGGUCUCGUGAGCUGGAGAUCUCGGUGUACUGGCGUGACUGGCGUUCGCUCUGCGCUGUCAAGUUCCUGCGACUGGAGGACUUCCUGGACAACCAGCGUCAUGGGAUGUGUCUGUACCUGGAGCCACAGGGGAUGCUGUUUGCUGAGGUGACAUUUUUCAAUCCUGUCAUUGAGAGACGACCAAAGUUGCAAAGACAAAAGAAGAUUUUCUCGAAGCAGCAAGGUAAAACCUUCCUGAGGGCCCCUCAGAUGAACAUCAACAUCGCCACCUGGGGCCGCCUGGUGAGAAGAGCCAUACCGACCGUCAGCACCAACUCCUUCAGCCCGCAGGCAGCUGAGACCGGGUCCAGCAGCCUGCCUGGUUCACCCACACCCUGCAGUGACCCGCUGGUGACCAAGCUGGACUUUGACAAAGAGCCCACCCCAGGUACCAAACACUACCCAGCACCCGACGACAUCCGAGAACCGCUGGUGCAGGAUAAGCUGCCGGACAAGGAGGAAGAACAGGAUGCACUCGCCUCAUUUGACUUCUUGAACAAGAGGAACAGCAUGGCGGUGAAUCCGAAAAUGGACGGAUUGGUGGAGCAGGAGAUGCAGCAUCCAGACCUGGAGCUCAUAGCCAUCCAGAAAGACCCGGAGAUAAGGGAAGAAGAGCAGUUCCACUUCAGUCUCCAAGACUUCAAAUGUGUGGCGGUCCUUGGACGUGGUCACUUUGGAAAAGUGUUGUUAGCAGAAUAUAAAAGCACAGGUGAGAUGUUCGCUAUCAAAGCGCUGAAGAAAGGAGACAUUGUGGCUCGUGACGAGGUGGACAGUCUGAUGUGCGAGAAGAGGAUUUUCGAAGCCGUCAACAGCGUCCGCCACCCGUUCCUCGUCAACCUGUUUGCGUGUUUCCAGACGCAGGAGCACGUUUGUUUUGUCAUGGAGUACGCAGCGGGAGGCGACCUCAUGAUGCACAUCCACGCCGAUGUUUUCUCCGAGCCCAGGGCCAUAUUUUACGCAGCCUGCGUCGUAUUGGGAUUACAGUUCUUACAUGACCAUAAGAUUGUGUACAGAGAUUUGAAGCUGGAUAACCUGCUCCUGGAUACAGAGGGCUAUGUAAAGAUUGCUGACUUUGGGCUUUGCAAAGAAGGAAUGGGUUUCAAGGAUCGCACCAGUACGUUUUGUGGCACGCCAGAGUUUCUAGCUCCUGAGGUUUUGACUGAGACGUCGUACACUCGCGCUGUGGACUGGUGGGGGCUGGGCGUCCUCAUCUUUGAGAUGCUGGUUGGGGAGUCGCCCUUCCCCGGCGACGAUGAGGAGGAGGUGUUUGACAGCAUCGUCAACGAUGAAGUCCGCUACCCACGAUUCCUCUCGACCGAGGCCAUCUCCAUCAUGAGGAGGCUUUUGAGAAGGAAUCCAGAAAGGCGACUGGGUGCAGGAGAUAAGGACGCAGAGGAAGUUAAGAAACAUCUAUUCUUCAGGAACAUGGAUUGGAACGGACUAUUGGCUAAGAAGGUGAAGCCGCCGUUCGUGCCGACCAUUGAGGGCACCAACGACGUCAGCAACUUUGACGAUGAAUUUACCUCAGAGGCUCCGAUCUUAACCCCGCCCAGGGAACCCCGACCGCUGAACUCCGACGAGCAGAACAUGUUCUCUGACUUUGAUUACAUCGCUGACUGGUGUUAGCUUCCCAUCUAUACACACACACACACACACACACACACACACACACACACACACACACACACACACACACACACACUGUGAACCAACCAACACAGCAAUGACUGUAGCUCACAUCAUUUUUAAAACUUUCCUCGUCCUCGCCACAAAAUGUUGAGGAGGAGCAACGAGCGCGGCGGCUCCCCGAGCAAAACUCUGUGCCAUUGAGAAGAAAGUCCAGAAGCCUCCAGAGGACCCCCACUUAUUUUUUAAUCCACAUGAAGAGUUUUUUUUUUUUUUUUUUU